AUGUCCAAACCCACCAAAGGGGCCAUGCAAGUGGCCCUGCAGGUGGUGAAUUACCUGAAUCAAACACAAGAUGAGGUCCUGAGACUUGGUGGCAAAAAUGAAGACAAACCACCCAUUGCUACCUACACAGACUCAAACUGGGCCUCUGACCUGAAUACAAAUAGGAGGAGCAUGUCAGGCUCAAUUGUAAAGGUUUUUGGCAGCAUGGUGACCUGGAGCUCCCAUGUUCAGAAAUGCAUCUUGGACUUGGCCAACGAAGCAGAGUACAUGGCAGGAUCAGCAGCCAUGCAUGAGGUCCUCUUCCAUUGGCAUCUGCUAUGA